CCUCCCUUGUUCCUCUCAUCUCAUCGCUCAUUAAAUUCAAAACUACCCUUUCUUUUCUCUUUUUGUGUCUGCAUUUCAUUCUCUCUUUCAUUUGUUUAUUCUCUGAAACUCAAUUAAUCUGCUAUGGAUGAAGAGUACGAUGUAAUUGUCUUGGGCACAGGUCUCAAGGAAUGUAUCCUCAGUGGCCUUCUCUCAGUUGAUGGCCUCAAGGUGUUGCACAUGGAUAGAAAUGACUACUAUGGAGGGGCUUCUACAUCUCUCAAUCUUACACAGCUAUGGAAGCGAUUUAGGGGAGAAGACGCACCUCCAGAGAACUUGGGAUCCAGCAGAGAUUUCAAUGUUGAUAUGAUACCUAAGUUUAUGAUGGCCAAUGGAGCUUUGGUCCGUGUUCUCAUUCACACAGAUGUUACAAAGUAUUUGAACUUCAAAGCUGUAGAUGGAAGCUUUGUGUAUAACAAGGGAAAGAUUUACAAAGUUCCAGCAACAGAUGUUGAAGCACUGAAGUCACCUUUAAUGGGACUGUUUGAGAAGCGCCGUGCUCGGAAGUUCUUCAUUUAUGUUCAAGAUUAUGAUAUAAGUGAUCCCAAAUCUCACGAAGGACUAGAUUUGAACGAAGUUACAGCAAGGCAGCUCAUAUCGAAAUAUGGGUUGGAAGAUGAUACAGUUGACUUUAUUGGUCAUGCCUUGGCACUUCAUCUUGAUGAUAGUUACUUGGAUAAGCCAGCCAAGGAUUUUGUGGAGAGAGUUAAGAUUUAUGCAGAGUCCCUAGCACGCUUUCAGGGAGGUUCACCUUACAUAUAUCCACUAUAUGGACUCGGAGAGCUGCCUCAGGCAUUUGCACGUCUGAGUGCUGUGUACGGUGGAACUUACAUGCUGAACAAGCCAGAAUGCAAGGUAGAAUUUGACGAAAAUGGGAAAGCCAUCGGUGUGACUUCAGAAGGAGAAACAGCUAAAUGCAAGAAAGUUGUGUGUGAUCCAUCAUAUCUGUCUGAUAAGGUUCAGAAGGUUGGAAAGGUUGCACGUGCAAUAUGUAUUAUGAGCCAUCCAAUUCCAGACACCAAUGACUCUCACUCAGCACAAGUCAUUCUGCCACAAAAGCAGCUUGGUCGUAAGUCAGAUAUGUAUCUCUUCUGCUGCUCUUAUGCUCACAAUGUAGCACCCAAAGGAAAAUUUAUUGCUUUUGUUACAACAGAAGCAGAGACUGACCAACCUGAGGUGGAAUUGAAGCCUGGUAUUGACCUUCUUGGACCAGUAGAUGAGAUAUUCUAUGACAUUUAUGACAGGUUUGAACCCUGCAAUGAUCAUGAAGCUGAUGGUUGUUUCAUCUCUACAAGCUAUGAUGCUACCACACACUUUGAAACCACAGUAAAAGAUGUGGUUGGGAUUUACAGUAAGAUCACCGGAAAGGUUCUUGAUCUUUCUGUGGACUUGAGUGCUGCAAGCGCUGCAUCUGAAGAAUGAGAUUGCUUGAAAUUAUAUAAACAUACCCAAGUUUUGAAAGAAAAGCUUUAAUUUAUUUUUAUUUCAUAUGAUUGUGUCUUUAGAUGAUUGAAUAUGGGAAGAGAAAAAAAAACACAUCCUUGGUCCUUUGGAUAGAUGGAAUAUUUAUGUCCCAUUUAUGACUCCAUUCUUUAAUUCCGACAAGCUGUUUAUUAGUCAAUAUAAUUGUUGUAAUCAUUUUCCUUCCAUCAUUAAAUCCAUUUUUCAGCA